GAAACCCUGAGAGUUGGGGCUAGAGGGCCCGGAGCCAGGGCCGAGGCGGCGGGUGCGCAGGGUGCUCCGUGGAGCCCGAGCACCACCCCGCAAGUCCUCUCCAGCGUUUCUGUAGGAGCUCGGCAGGGAGCACACGUCCCUGGGGAAGAAAACGGCGCUGGUGGCUGGGCCCGCGCCGCGGGCGUCCUCGCUAAGCUCCUAGCGGGUGGCCUGUGCGCGUCUGUGUACUCGUCUGUGCUUGGGGCAGGGUUGGGGCAGUACCGUGGGGUAACUAUUUGCCGUUGCAGCUGAGGAUGACAGCUGCGGUUUGGGGGUCCCUCGUUCUGUGUCCUGGAACUUUGUAGGGCGUGGCUCUGCCCUGGGCCUCAGCACCAGGUCUCCCCUGCCUGCCCAGGCCUGGCCACCUCCCUCUGGGGUCUGGGUUUGGCUCCUGGUUGGCACUGUCAGCUCUGCAGACGCGUUUUGCCCUCUGUGAUGCUGUCGCCCAUCUUUGAGCACUUGCUUCCAUGCUGGCGUCCUCUGCAGAGCUCUGGGAGGGACAUGCAGUGGGGGCUGCAGUCUGUUCACUGCCCGGGCUGCCUCGUCCGCCUGCCUGGCCAUUUUUGAAGUGUCUGCCAGUGUCCGCAACAUGCACUUCGUCCUGUUAGCCUUGACCAGGGCAGCUGUUAGUUCUGAGAGGUGGACAUGUGGUUGGGAAUGUCAGUGAGUAGGAUCUUCCCUUCUACACACUUGUCAUUAACCUGAGAACAUGCCAGUGGGGGAGGGGAGAUUUGGCCCGGGGUGCACAGGACUGUGGGCUGGUCCUGUCCCUCUGCUGAGUGGGAUGAGCCUUGGCCCAGCCCUGUGGACUUGGCGCAGAACCGACCCCAGCCACGUCCUGGGGGGAUUGGAGGUGCUGGCCGGUCCUGUCUGCCUCCUCCAAGGGCUGGGAGCCCCCCACUCUUUGGACAUUUGUAGUGUAAGGUUCCAUUAUCCAGCAGACAGCCACUGUUAACAGUCACUCUGUUAAUAAAUUUUUUUAGAGGAACCCUGGACAGAAGUAGUCACGCUCUUCAGGAAGUGGGCCCCAGGCUCGAGAGGCCCAGUCUCUUCCUUUAGGGCUCAGAGGUGGCUGUUCAGCCACACCUGGCUCCCCAGCAGCCUGGCAGUUUUUCUUCUCUGCCUGUAACUAGCCCUUUCAACUUCCUGUAGCCAGUGCCCCCAGAGUGUGACCUGGUCUGAGUUGAUGGUGGCGUCCCUGAGCCAAGAGGUGUACGGCUGGUACCACUAGUGUUGCUGAGAACCCUUUAGGCAGCGCUCUGUGCCCGGAUGUGCCCUGGCACUCCCCAUGCAGUGCCCAAGUCAAAGGCAUGUGCCCUGUGAGGUGUUUACCCAGGUGACUCUCCUUCUAGAAGGACUUCAUGUUUUCCACUCCACUCAGGGCUGGAGAGGGCUCCGUCCGGGUGGUGCUGACGGUGCAGGCCUGGCUCAGGGCCCAGGGGUGGCCAGGAGGUGGUGGAGGCAGCAGGUGGUGUCCUCCGGGUUCUGUGGUUGAACUGCAUCGCCCGAGGGAACGCUGGUCAGAGUACCGGGGUCCUCUGGUGGUCGCUGGAUUUUGGUCGUUGUGGGUAAGAGCUCUGUGCUGGGAGUGUCUGCCCCCCAGGUCCUCCAUUGUCAGCUGCAGUGGCCAGGGCCCACUACUCUCCCCCACACUGGGUCGGGGUAACCCACAAGAUGCCACCUGCGUCACUGACCGUCCCUUCCAGAAGCUCAUCCAGCCACACACUCCAUGUGGUAUCUCCCACGAGGAAGCGUUCACUUUUUUCCUGUAAAGUCAGAAAUCUCUUCGGUGGCCUUUUGUCAAGCCAAACAUUAACCUUGAGUUGUCUCUCUGGGUGGCCCCAGGCGGUGCCAGUUCUUAUGGGCGUUGAAGGAGAGUGAGGAUGGCCCUGAGGGAAGCCCAGUUGGUUUGGAUGGGGAAGGAGUUGGGGCUAUGGCCCUGAGAGAGGUGUGGGUGGCGUUGGGACCAGGCCCCUUCUGACCCUCCCCUGGCACCACCAGCAACUCCCCAGGCCUGGUGUGGCCCAUGCCACCCUGCCUGCCUGUGCCACCCUGCCUACCCAUGCCACCCUGCCCGCCCAUGCACCCUGCCCCGCCACCCGUGUCACCCUGCCCACCCGUGUCACCCUGACCUGCCGCCCAUCUGUGGUGUGAGGGCUGCUGGGCUGCCCUGUCUGCAUGGCUGGAGUGAGCCUCAGAGGUGUCCGAGGCUGCCUCUCAAGUUGUGUCGUGUGUAGAAAGUCCUGUUGAGAGGGAGAGGAAGGGGUGUAGCCCUGAUAUCCCACGCGUGGUAGGAGCCGGGAAGGUGAUGUUCUGGGGGUCCUGGAGCUCAUAGGGUAUGUGCAUGUGCUCGUGCUCCCUGAAUAAACGGGGAAACGUACGGCUCCACGGGUGUCCUGGAGAGGAAUCUUGCUGGCAAAUCUGUGCCUUUGAUUGCAGCCCCUACGCUGUGUCCUCUGAGCUGUGAUGCGGCCCCGCAGGCCUUGUGGAGUACCGUGGCUCCCUGGCUCCUAGGGAUGCUGCCGUCGGAGGUGCUGUAACGGCUCGUGGAUGACUUGGGCGGUGUCUGUCUGGGGCGCUGUCGUCGAAGGAGCUGUGGGUGACAGGCAGUGUCUGAGGGAGGUUCUGGUGGCCCCAUGCUGUCAGCCCAGUGGCUCCACGCUGCUGUGUAGUCCCUCUUGGGGGCCUGCCUUCUCUGCCGUUGAAGGGCAGGGGCUCAGUUCCCUCUGGGUGGCAGGUGGCUGUAUCUCAGGACCGGAAGGCUCCAGGUUAGGCUGUGCACAGCUUUCGUUCAUGUCAGCUCCUGGCUGGGCAGCACAGGGGCCUCCAGGCCUGGACAGCCAAAGGGGGCAUCUCACCAACGCCCAAAUGGCUGUGCUGGGGACUUAUGGCAGGACAACUUUGUCAUGAGAUGGCCACUCGAGCCUGAAGUAAUCAGGGCUUACGGGGACAGGGCAGGGUGAGGGCCAGUGAGACCGCCCAACCUGAGGGUGCGCUUCUGGUGGUUGGGGAGCUCCUUCCUGGGCAGCGGCUUUAGGGGCUGCUGUGGAGAGGGGAAAGAAGAUGGGGUUGGUGAGGAGGGGCUUUUGGGACACAGUGUCCUGGUAGAGGCUGUGGGGGAGGGGAGCAGACCGAUUGGCCCAGCAGGGCUGGCCAGUGGAGGGAUGUGGAGGGUUGGUGGCUGCCGAGCCUGGGUCUGAGCAAGCGGGGAUGGGGACCAGGUGCUGAGGCUGGGGAAGGAACGGGGGCAGCCGCUUAGUCAUGGCAGAUCUUGGGGUCCCCUGGGACUUCCUGGGAACCCCAGUGCCCAGAGACCCGCUGUGGCUGUCUGGCGGGGGGGGCAGGUCCCAGCCUGUGGUGACCCCCAAUGUGCCAGGGCAACCCUGGUCCCUCUCCAGAGUGGACCGAUGCCCAGCACACACGUGGUUCAGGGCCGAGUGGGCAGGUAUGGCCAACAGGAGGGAGGACCCAGCAAGCAGCUGGUGAUGUGUGUCCAGAGAUAGGGUAUUGACAUGUGGCCAAGAGGCUCUGGGGUCAUCGGGCCGCCACCGUGCAGCCCCCACCCCAGGACUUGAUGGCUCCAGAGAACCUGGGGGCUGCUGCCCUCACCUCACCCCGAUUUUCUUUAAAUGAAUUUUUAUUUUAGAACAGUCUUAGCUUUAUAGGAAAAUAGGAAGCUAGCACAAGCUUCCCACGUGCGCUGCACUCACUUCCCUCAUGAGUCUGUUGAGUGCUUUCUUAUAACGUAAGGUUAAGUGUCUGCAGGGUGAGAACCUGGAGACUGUCCUUGUGUUGCUGUGCUGAGAGCCGUGUGUGGCUGUGAGUUUUUGAUGAGGAAAAGCAGUGUGGGUCCUGGGUUUGGACAGCACAGGCCCCUCUGGGAGCCGAGUGCCUUCACCUCGGAGCGUGUGGGGGAGGUACAGAGCUGGAGCCCUUGACCCUGACCGGCCAGCCAGGAAGGCCGUAGGAGGUCAGCCCCCUGGUGUGAGGUGCCCAGGGCCUCCGGCAUCACCCUGGGUGGGGGUUCCAGGACUCGGACUGCUGGCUGUCAGUGGGGCAGGUGUGGCCCAGCAGGGGGCUGCUUUGUGGGUGCACUGUGGCCCCAGGAUGGUGCAGAUGGUGGGCAGACUUGCCCCAGGGCUGUUUCUGAGACAGAGGCCCCUGGAGGAGAACCAGGUGCUGGGCCUCAGGUGUCUGUCCUGAACUGGGGCAGCCUUGGAACAAGGAGCCGCAGGAGGUCCCUGUGGCAUGGGGCCCUGGCAGGGCCACCCCGGGGAGUGCAGGGCCACAGGAGUCCUGCCGCAGGUUCCUCGGCUCGGGAGCUCACGGCCUCCUCACUGCAGAGUCCUUUCAGGAGGGCCAGGGUGGCCUUCCCACGUCUGCUUCCUCCUCAGAGACACAGGUGUGGUAAGACUUUGACCCCGACGCAGGCUUCAGUGAUUGCCGUGGAUCAGAAGCCUGAGCGCUUUGGCUCGAGACAAUUAAGGACGUGGGAUGAGGCUCCGAGACAGGACGCGGUUCUGCCUGGGGAUCCUGAAGAUAAAAAGCUUUGAAAAGUCGAAUUCAUGGUCGUGGAAGCUGAGGCCAUAUUAAGAGAUGUCAGGCGUCCGACCUCCAAUCAUGAAUGGGCCCCUGCACCCGCGGCCCCUGGUGGCGCUCCUGGACGGCCGGGACUGCACAGUGGAGAUGCCCAUCCUGAAGGACGUGGCCACUGUGGCCUUCUGCGACGCGCAGUCCACGCAGGAGAUCCACGAGAAGGUCCUGAAUGAGGCCGUGGGGGCCCUGAUGUACCACACCAUCACACUCACCAGGGAGGACCUGGAGAAGUUCAAAGCCCUCCGCAUCAUCGUCCGCAUCGGCAGUGGUUUUGACAACAUUGACAUCAAGUCGGCCGGGGAUUUAGGCAUUGCCGUCUGCAACGUGCCUGCAGCGUCUGUGGAGGAGACGGCUGACUCGACGCUGUGCCACAUCCUGAACCUGUACCGGCGGGCCACCUGGCUGCACCAGGCGUUGCGGGAGGGCACGCGAGUCCAGAGCGUCGAGCAGAUCCGCGAGGUGGCGUCCGGCGCCGCCAGGAUCCGUGGGGAGACCUUGGGCAUCAUCGGACUCGGUCGCGUGGGGCAGGCAGUGGCGCUGCGGGCCAAGGCCUUCGGCUUCAACGUGCUCUUCUACGACCCUUACCUGUCGGACGGCGUGGAGCGGGCGCUGGGGCUGCAGCGGGUCAGCACCCUGCAGGACCUGCUUUUCCACAGCGACUGCGUGAGCCUGCACUGCGGCCUCAACGAGCACAACCACCACCUCAUCAACGACUUCACCGUCAAGCAGAUGAGACAAGGGGCCUUCCUGGUGAACACGGCCCGGGGCGGCCUGGUGGACGAGAAGGCGCUGGCCCAGGCUCUGAAGGAGGGCCGGAUCCGCGGCGCAGCCCUGGACGUGCACGAGUCGGAACCCUUCAGCUUUAGCCAGGGCCCCCUGAAGGAUGCACCCAAUCUUAUCUGCACCCCCCAUGCUGCGUGGUACAGCGAGCAGGCGUCCAUCGAGAUGCGAGAGGAGGCGGCACGGGAGAUCCGCAGAGCCAUCACAGGCCGGAUCCCAGACAGCCUGAAGAACUGUGUCAACAAGGACCAUCUGACGGCGGCCACCCACUGGGCCAGCAUGGACCCUGCUGUCGUGCACCCUGAGCUCAACGGGGCCGCCUAUAGCAGGUACCCUCCAGGCGUGGUGGGCGUGGCCCCCACUGGCAUCCCAGCUGCUGUGGAAGGUAUCGUCCCCAGCGCCAUGUCCCUGUCCCAUGGCCUGCCCCCUGUGGCCCACCCACCCCAUGCCCCUUCUCCUGGCCAAACUGUCAAGCCCGAGGCAGAUAGAGACCACGCCAGUGACCAGUUGUAGCCCGGGAGGAGCUCUCCAGCCUCAGCGCCUGGGCAGAGGGCCCAGAAACCCUCGGACCAGAGUGUGUGGAGGAGGUGCCUGUGUGGCGGCCCUGGCACUGCAGAGACUGGUCCGGGCUGUCAGGAGGCGGGAGGGGGCAGCGCUGGGCCUCGUGUCGCUUGUCGUCCGUCCUGUGGGCGCUCUGCCCUGUGUCCUUCGCGUUCCUCGUUAAGCAGAAGAAGUCAGUAGUUAUUCUCCCAUGAACGUUCUUGUCUGUGUACAGUUUUUAGAACAUUACAAAGGAUCUGUUUGCUUAGCUGUCAACAAAAAGAAAACCUGAAGGAGCAUUCGGAAGUCAAUUUGAGGGUUUUUUUUGUUUGUUUUUUGUUUUUUGUUUUUUUUUUUUGUAUGUUGGAACGUGCCCCAGAAUGAGGCAGUUGGCAAACUUCUCAGGACAAUGAAUCCUUCCCGUUUUUCUUUUUAUGCCACACAGUGCAUUGUUUUUUCUACCUGCUUGUCUUAUUUUUAGAAUAAUUUAGAAAAACAAAACAAAGGCUGUUUUUCCUAAUUUUGGCAUGAACCCCCUCCUUGUUCCAAAUGAAGACGGCAUCACAAAGCAGCUCCAAAAGGAAAAGCGUGGGCGGCGCCCAGCGUGCCCGCUGCCCAUCGACGUCUGUCCUGGGGAUGUGGAGGGUGGCAGCGUCCCCGCCUGCACCAGUGCCGUCCUGCUGAUGUGGUAGGGUAGCAAUAUUUUGGUUAAAAUCAUGUUUGUGACUGUAACCAUUUGUAUGAAUUAUUUUAAAGAAAUAAAAAUCCCGAAAGAGCCA